GCUUUAUCGCUUCAUGAUUGACCAGUCGAACUCGGCCAGAUAUAAUUUACGAAACCAGUCCAGAGCGUCGUGUUGAGACUCCAUUGUUGUUAGCGAGAAAAUAAACUUAAAAAUGGCUGAUUUCGAGGAAUUUGACAGAGAAAUGGCUCAAGUGAAAGAGGAGAGAGAUAAAGAUAGACCUAGAAGGUCAAGGUCAGGGUCUGCUUCAAGGUCAAGGACUAAAAGGUCAAGAAGUAGGGACAGAAAGAGGAGGUCAAGGUCACGUGAGAGGGGAGAAAGAGCAAACAGAAAACAUAGGUCUAGAAGUCGCUCAAGGGAAAGAACUACAAGAAAAAAGAAACCCUACAAAUAUUGGGAUGUCCCUCCACCGGGAUUUGAGCACAUGACCCCAAUGCAGUACAAAGCAUUACAAGGUUAGUAUGAUGGUCUGUGACCCAAGGUAUUUUAUCUCUAAAUAAAUU